GUGGUAAUAACCUAUGAAAAUAUCCUAUAGAAGUCAGUAAUAUGGGAUUAUUUUUGCAUUUGUUUUUCAGGAAGAAAUAUUGAGGCACGGAGGUGAAAGAACUUAUAGAUGUGAUUACCAAGGAUUGUAUUCCCCUGGAAUAUUAAAAAUAAGGCAAUAUUUUUAUAUUUUCUUAAAAUUAUUCACCAGUUGGAUUUUGUAAUUCCCUUUUUAAUCAGUGGUUUUCAAGCUAUAAACCCACAUUAAGCCCCUAAAGUCUGUAAGUGUGUGUAAUAUCUAUAAAAUCACUAUAUAUGUAUAUAUCUCCACAUUUAAUGAUUAUAGAUAUGUAUAUAUACUUACAUAUUGUUACACGGGAGUGAGGGGGAGGAGAAGGAGCGUUAUGAUUUGUAAAAAUAUAGAUUUAUAGUCUCCUUAACUUAUUAUUUUCUCAAUCAAUGAAAGGUGAAAGUGUAACUAUUAACAUGGAAAACCCCUUUAAUUUGUGGAAUGAUGACAAGAGGGUCCUCAUGAAAAUAAUUCCAGGAAAAACUCCUUUAAUCGCUGCAUAUAUAAGGAAACUUGUAAUUUUAUAUAACAUGUAUUUUACAUGUACAGGUCUCUUAAUGAGAACUGUAAAGAGUCUCGCUCCUGGGAUUGACUAAAAGAGCGAAAACCAAAAGCUGUACUUAUCUGGGCUAAAAAGAGAGAGUGGGUCGGGAACUCGGUGAGUAAUAAACUACAACCCCCAGAAUUCUUAGCGGCGACCUGCCGGGAAUUGUAGUUCACUCUGCAGUCGGGACACCCUCUCCCAUACCCGUGUGGGUUGGGGACACGGUGAGUAAUGAACUAUAACCCCCAGGAGUCUUAGCGGUGACCUACCGGGACUUGUAGUUCAUUCUGCACUUUGGACACAGUCUCCCAUCCCCGCCUGGGCUCGGCUGCGGCUACGUGUGGUGCGUGGUCCUCUUGUGGGGAUUUUCCUUUGUCAUUUUUUUUUUUCUUUUCGAUUUGCCAUUUUUCUCUAGCGUUUUCUCAGCUCAUUGUUAAGCAAACCCAAGGAAGACUGCUCUAGAGAAAUGUCCCGCUGAGGAGGAACCGGAGAAGUUACCCAGGAGGAGUGAACCCGGAAGUGAACCCGGAAGUGAACGUGAUCACUCUCCGACCUCAGCAAGGAAAAUUAACGUCCUUCCUUCUUUUUCUUAGGUACUCACAAUUCUUUUCUCUUUUCUCACCUUAAAAUGUAUUUUUCCCUUCCAGAUUUUUUUUUAUACCAUACCGCCUCCUCACGGGUGUACUCCUUAAACGGAGUCAGACAGUAUGGUUUACAUGUGGUUCUCGCGCGUGCUGUGUGUCAGUCACGCCGAAGCUAAGGAGUGUUCUAGAAUAGUAUCUGCCACCGAGAGUAUUCCAGUCACUGAUGCUGAGAUGAAUCGUCAUCUGUUUGGUUGGCUUUUUAGACAUCCAUCUCUUAAUGGUCACCACCAAUGCCACAUCCACCCUCAUUCUCAUCAAUUUACACAGCUUCAUCUUGAUACAAGCCUGUUGGUUUUUAGACAAAACAGGAAUUGCAUUCUCUAUCAUCUGUUAAAGAAGAAUUUGUCCAAGAGAUGUUGUCAUCAAGAUACCAGGAAGCAUAGAGCACUACAGAAGUAUAUGGAAGACCUGAGUAAGGAGUACCAAACACUUGAUCAGCAUUUGCAGCAUCUCUCUGUGGACGAAGGGGACCGAAAGUCCUUGCAUCGAAGACAUGCUGAGUUGGCACCACUUGCAGCCAUUUACCAAGAAAUUCAAGAAGCAGAACAAACAAUUGAAGAAUUAGAUUCAAUGUGUACAAGUCUAAUUAAACAAGAUGAAAAACAGUUACAAGAACUUGCUUUGGAAGAAAGGCAAACCAUUGCUCAAAAAAUCAACAUGUUAUACAAUGAGCUUUUCCAGAUUCUAGUGCCAAAGGAGAAGUACGACAAAAAUGAUGUUAUUUUAGAGGUGACAUCUGGAAGAACUACUGGAGGUGAUAUCUGCCAACAGUUUACCCGGGAAGUAUUUGACAUGUACCAGAAUUAUUCACGUUUUAAGCACUGGAAAUUUGAACUUCUGAAUUAUACACCAGCUGACUAUGGUGGGUUGCAUCAUGCGGCUGCCCGAAUUUCCGGUGAUGAUGUCUAUAAGCAUUUGAAGUAUGAAGGUGGAAUCCACCGAGUUCAGCGAAUCCCUGAGGUGGGCCUGUCAUCAAGGAUGCAGCGUAUUCACACAGGAACAAUGUCAGUCAUUGUUCUUCCUCAGCCAGAUGAGGUAGAUGUGAAAGUGGACCCCAAGGAUUUGCGAAUAGACACAUUUCGAGCCAAAGGAGCAGGAGGGCAACAUGUCAAUACAACUGAUAGUGCUGUCAGACUUGUCCAUGUCCCCACAGGACUUGUAGUAGAAUGUCAACAAGAACGAUCACAGAUAAGAAAUAAAGAAAUAGCUUUGCGUGUAUUAAGAGCUAGACUCUACCAGCAGAUUAUUGAAAAAGACAAGUGUCAACAACAAAGUGCUAGAAAACUGCAGGUGGGAACAAGAGCCCAGUCAGAAAGAAUUCGGACAUAUAAUUUCACCCAGGAUAGAGUCACUGACCACAGGAUAGCAUAUGAAACUCGGGAUAUUAAGGAAUUUCUAUGUGGGGAGAAGUGCCUGGAUCAUCUAAUUCAGAAAUUGCUUCAAUCAGCAGAUGAAGAAGCCAUUACUGAAUUUUUGGAUGAAACUCUUAAAUUACCAAAAUAAAUGCUGCUUUAUUAUAUAAAUGAAAUGGACCUAUUUCAAGAAGCAGACGAAGGCAUGAAUAUCUUUGAAUGCUCCUAGAAUAUAGCUAAAAAUACAUUGUACUUACAAAUAUAUUUUUUAAUGAAACAAGUAACAUUUCUUGAACUAAGUUUUAUUUUUUAGGUUUCUUAUAGAAUUCAGUUCAGAGGAAAGUAGAAAACAAUCAUGUGGUGUUGAUAAGAGAAAAUAUUGAGAAUUGAUUAUGUGAUUUAGGACAGGUCACUUGUUCUCUUUCCAUGCCUUUUUUUUUUACAAAUUAAGCACAUUUUCAUCUAUUACUUCAAGAUGAUACCACAUGACAAAAUUUAGUGAUACAGAUUUAUAAACUGCUUUUUAAGCCCUUAUUUAAAGACAACAUACUGUUAAUCAUGUUAAAUUAGGAGUUAACAUGUUACUUUUCAAUAAAAGUGCAGACUAUGAGUCAGUGACAGUGAGUAUCUCAGAGAUACAGAUUGUCCAGCUCUUUGAGAACAGAAUGAAUUCUAUACUGCAUAAAUUAUAAACAAUAUUUAAAAUAGAUUCUGCUUGCCUUGUAUUUCUUGUUGUUCUUUGGCUUAAGUUAUUAAUAUGUAAUAAAUGUAAUAUGAGUAAUUUACUGCAAUCAGUUUUGUGUGGUGAUAAAGCCUAGCCUUUACCUUAGGGAACUUCCAGUUGAGUGAGGGAGCCAAAAGAUGAUAAAUCACCCACUCUACUACUAAUGGCAUGAUAUAUUUAGCAAUUAUUACCAGGAAGUUUAAAUAAGAUAGAGAGGGGGUUAUUAUUUUAGACAUUCCUUGGAAGAAAAGUACGUCAAGAGAGACUUGCUGAAAUAGCAUUUUAAAGCCAAUGGAAUUAUUUGUAGGUAGAAAUAAGUUUUUCCCCAUUUUUUUAUUUUGAAAUUUCCCAAGCACACAGAAAAUUUUUAGAAAUAAUUUCAAGAAACAGUUCAAUGAACGCUAUAAACUCUAUAGGUUCAACUGUGGUUAAUAUUUUGCCACCUUUGUUUUCUCUGCACCCACACACACAUGUACAUGUGCACACACAGUGGUUUGUGGACUUUAAAAAUUUGUUGCUGGGCCUCCCCGGUGGCGCAGCGGGUGAGCGCUGGGCUGGGAAGCUGCCCGAAGCCUCUGCAGUGCUGGUUCGAUCCCCGGCUGCUUCCCACAUGGUGCGCAGACCUCUCCUGCCGCCCACUGCUCCCCUCAGCAGUGUACUUCGGUCCUUCUGCCUGUUCUGCUCCCCGCUCUGGCUCUGGUGAAUUCUCUCACCCUCCCGCGCUUCUGAUUGUAACCACUGCU